GGCUCCUCCUCGCUCUCUGCUAUGGACAGUGCCAUCACCCUGUGGCAGUUCCUCCUCCAGCUGCUGCAAGAGCCCCAGAACAAGAACAUCAUCUGCUGGACCUCCACCGACGGGGAAUUCAAGCUGCUGCAGGCAGAGGAGGUGGCCAGGCUCUGGGGGAUCCGCAAGAACAAGCCCAGCAUGAACUAUGAUAAACUCAGCCGGGCGCUGCGCUACUACUACGUGAAGAACAUCAUCAAGAAGGUGAACGGGAAGAAGUUUGUGUACAAAUUCGUGUCCUACCCCGAGAUCCUCAACAUGGACCCGCUUGUGGUGGGCAGGAUGGAGGGGGACCCCGAGGUGCCCGGCUUUGGGGAGGUCCCCAGCGCCCCCAAGGAGGCCGAGAGCUGCGGCAAGGAGAAAUCGCAGCCGUGCGCCAAGUCCUCGAGCCGCAACGACUACAUCCACUCAGGCCUCUACUCCUCCUUCACCCUCAACUCCCUCAACUCCUCCGGCGUGAAGCUCUUCAGGUCCAUCAAGAUUGAGAACCCGGCCGAGAAGCUGGCGGAGAAGAAACCUCAGGACGCCGCCCCUUCUGUCAUCAAGUUUGUCACCGUGCCCUCCAAGAAGCCGCCCUCCGCCCCGCUGGUGUCGGCCGCCUCGGCCGUGGCCGUCACCUCCGCGGCCUCCGCCGCCCCCGGCGCGGCCUCCUCGCUGCCCCUGGGCUCCGAGGAGACUCUGCACACGCUGGAGACUCUGGUGCUGCCCAAGCUGAGCGUCCCCGAGGCCCCUCCGGCGCCUUUGCCGAGCCUGAGCGCCAGCUACGCCCCCACGCCCCCCGUCGCCUCGGUUUCCCCCGCGCUCCAGGCGCCCUCCACGCCGCCCUCGCCGCCGCUGAGCUCCAACCCCGAGCUGGACAUUGACACGGACAUCGAGUCCGUGGCCUCCCAGCAGCUGGAGCAGGCCCAGAGCCUGCAGCAGCCGUCCCCAGAGCCCAAGGAGCAGCAGGAUUCAGCUGGGCUGGAGAAGGAGUUCGCCAAUCACCUCUCCAGAGCCAAAAAACCCAAAGGGCUGGAGCUGGCCCCCACCCUGGUCAUCACCGGCAGCGACCCCAGCCCGCUGGGCAUCCUCAGCCCUUCCCUCCCAACCGCUUCUCUGACUCCAGCACUUUUCUCUCAGACCCCCAUCCUGCUGACCCCCAGCCCGCUGCUCUCCAGCAUCCACUUCUGGAGCACCCUGAGCCCCGUGGCGCCGCUGAGCCCCGCACGCCUGCAGGGCGCCAACACCCUCUUCCAGUUUCCAUCCGUGCUGAACAGUCAUGGCCCAUUUACCCUGUCUGGGCUGGAUGGACCCUCCACCCCCGGCCCCUUUUCCCCAGACCUGCAGAAGACAUAGCACAAGGAAUUCAUCCAUCCCUGCACAAGGACACAGCAAGGCAAGCACGGGACAUUAUUUCUUUUUUUUUUUUUAAAAACAAGCAGUUUGUAAUUCCACUGAGAUUCUCAACACUUGGAGUUGGAGUUGUUGCCAUUCCCGAAUCCAAAAAAAAAAAAGACAAAAAAAAAAGCCUUUUUUGUGCAAAAAUUCCCCAUUUUUUUGGAAGAACCCAGGUUGGGAAUGUAUAUGCAAACGCCUUAAUAGGAGCUGCAGCUCCAAUUUUUUUUCUCCUCCUCCUCACUUUGGAAAAAUUUUUUUCCCUGCAUCCAAAAGGGAUUUUUGGGUGGUGUUGCAGCGACUGAGCCUGCACAAACAGCACCGGAGGAGGUUUGUCUCUGUGACUUUUGGAAAAAAAAACAAACAAAAAAACAAACAAAAAACAAACAAAAAACAAACCAAACCCUCUGUUCUUCAGCAAGGAGAACCCUGAAUCCUGAUGGAAGCUGGAAUUCCAGGAAAAGUUUGGGAAUAUUGGAGUUUGUGCUGCCAGCUCUGCCCUGAGGGCGCCACAACUUUUGUGCAGCAACAAAAGCACCAGAACUUCUCUGCUGCCUUUGUCUUUAUUUGUAUUUUAUUUUUAUUUUUUUUUUCUUCUUCAAGGAUUUAUUCCAGAUUUACAUCCAGGACAAUUCUGUGGAGAGAAGAUUUGGGGCUGGAUUUUGGGUAUUUCCCUUCCCACGAGGGGUGGGAUGAGCUCCUUUCGCUUCUCACAGACUUUCAGUGCUGGAGUCCAAACAUUUCUUGUGCCACAGCCUGGGAGCUCCAUGCUGGAUCAGCAGGAUGGGAGGAUUUUAUCUGCAAUUUUGGGGUUUUCUUGCAGUUCUGGGAGGUUUUCCUGCAGUUUUGGGAGUUUUCCCUGCAGUUUUGGGAGGUUUUCCUGCAGUUUUGGGAGGUUUUUCUUGGAAUUUUGGGGGGUUUUUCUUGCAAUUUUGGGAGGUUUUCCUGCAGUUUUGGGAGGUUUUUCUUGCAAUUUUGGGGGGUUUUCCUGCAGUUUUGGGAGGGUUUUCCUGAGUUUUGGGAGAUUUCCCUGCAGUUUUGGGAGGGUUUUCCUGAGUUUUGGGAGGUUUUCCUGCAAUUUUGGGAGGAUUUCCUGCAGUUCUGGGAGGUUUUCCUGCAGUUUGGGAGGUUUUUCUUGCAAUUUUGGGAGGUUUUCCUGCAGUUUUGAGGGGUUUUCCUGCAGUUCUGGGGGGUUUUCCUGCAGUUCUGGGAGGUUUUUCUUGCAAUUUUGGGGGGUUUUCCUGAAGUUUUGGGGUUUUCCUGCAGUUUUGGGAGGUUUUUCUUGCAAUUUUGGGGGGUUUUCCUGAAGUUUUGGGGGCUUUUCCUGCAGUUUUGGGAGGAUUUCCUGCAAUUUUGGGAGGUUUUUCUUGGAAUUUUGGGGGGUUUUCCUGCAGUUCUGGGAGGUUUUUCUUGCAAUUUUGGGAGGUUUUCCUGCAAUUUGGGAGAUUUUCCUGCAGUUUUG